UAAUGCAAAUCGGUCACUACUGAUGUUGGGUGCGGUUGGUUCAUGUUGAGCAGCCGGCGAGAAGCUUGAGACCAAACGGGGUGCAUCUUUUAUUCAUCUUCAAAUCCGAAUUACAGCAAAACAGCUUGUGAUUGAAACAGAACGAACCUGACCACAUUCCAGGGAUCAAAAUGUUAGACACAACCAGCAGCCAGUUCGACUCCUUCCUGUUUUGGAGGCAGCCCAUCCCAUCACUGGACCUGUCAGAGCUGGAAGACCUUGGCAUUUCUAUGCCCAAGUCCAAGGAAAUGAAGUCGACCAAGAGCUCCCAAAAACCCCUGGGACAGGAGGAGGAGGAAGAUUUGGAGCUUUUGAAGUACUCCACCUUCAACUACUGGAAAGAGCCCAUCGCUGGUAUCGAUACCUUGGAUUUCAGCCUGCUGUUAUAAGACACUGCAAUGCAAUUCUUAGUUCCUGCCCAAAUCUGUGUUUUUAAUGCCACUGUGGUUGCACCGAUUCUCUACUCCAGUCUCAUAUCGAUGAAUACAAGAGUCAUGUAUCAUGCCUUUCUUGUUAAACCAUGUCAGUAAACUGUGAUAACUGGGUUAAACUAGUAGGGCAUUACUAAAUAUGGAUGUAUAAGUUACACUAUUUGGUAUCUCACUGCCCUGUAAACUAUGUGACUGCUUAAUUGGCCAUGAAAUAAGAUUAAGAUAUCCAGAUCCUGAUCUGCCAAUUCACCUUGACUUAAAGGCAGCGGGAUUCAGAACAAAUAAGAAAUCUAAAACUGUACAAUAUUGUUGUCUGCCAAAUGAUUUGUAAUAUUAAUGCAUACAGUAAUUUAUUAGUUUAAACUGGAAUCUCACUUAAAAGGGUUUUGUAUUGAAGGGAUGUCCGUGUUAAAAUGCACACUUAAUGCUUUUCACUGUUUUUCCCCAUCAUGUUUGAUGACAAAUGCCAAUUAAAGUGAGCUUGCUGCUAAAUGAAUAAAAAUG